AUGACUGUUGGACUAAAAUACGAUGGUAAAGACACAUUCCCACAAAUGAAAUUCGGAAGUGAAUGCUACGGAUUGAAGUUCGAUGGACAAUUCUCAGAAAACUUUCUACAAAAACUGUGCGAUGCUAGCUGCUUUUGUCCACCGCCAUUCGUGCAAUUCACAGACAACUGCGAGAAAUUCGGCGAGUGCGUCUACCAGAUACCUCAGAAAGUUUCAUAUGGUGUUGCUGCACAAACAUGUGCUCACUACAGGACCGAAAUGAUUGAAAUACUCAGUGAAAAGAAAAAUAAAUUCCUCAAGGAGAUGGCUAUUAAAUAUGGUAUGGAAAGCCUUUGGCUUGGAGCAACUGGUGUUGAUGGCAGGUACACAUGGAAAAGCGGUGAAGUGGUAAGUGGCUAUCAGCCAUGGGCAGAAAACCAACCGAAUGUUGCUGAUGGAAACUGUGCCUUCGAAGACGUUAACACCGGCAAAUGGAGCUCAGCACCAUGUGAUGAUGACUUUGUGACUUUACACAGCUUUGCAUGCCAAAAAAUCGCAUGUGACACGAACCAUUACUGCAGUCUGGCUUUCAUGCAGCCGUAA